AUGGUUGGCGUUAAGCGAGACCACCAAGGAAACAAGAAAGAGGAGAAGUCUAAGGAGAUUGCGCGCAACGCUUAUACCUCCAUUUUUGAGGGCUUCCGCGACGAGCUUGAUGAGCAUCACGAUCGCCGUCAGAGAAUCGGCAAGGUGUCGAGGGAUGUUACUGCCCUGAGCAAGAAGAUCAUCUUUGCUCUGCAAAGGGUCCGCAAGCUCAACCAGCCCGUCCCCGAGCGCUUGGCGGCGGAAAUCCAAGGUCGCGUCAAGGAGAUCAAGGAGCUCCUAAAUACCAUUGAAGCCGAUGUUCAGGGCAUCAACCGCUACCGUUACCCGCUGAUUUGCCUGGAGGAGUUCGUUGAGGCUGUCUCGUUCAUGCACUACCUGCAGCAUCAGACCCUCAUCACCCCCGCCCAAUCCGAGGACGAGCUCAAGGUCAACAUCCCCUUCACGCAUGCUGACUACGUCUACGGCAUCUUCGACCUGACGGGAGAAAUGAUGCGUUUCGCCAUCUCCGUCACGGCCCUCACGGGCUCCAUGCCCGGUGACAGCAAGGGCCGCACCAUCCUCACUGAUUUACAGGAGGUGUCGAGCAUGUUGCAGAUCUUGCCCCCGCUCAGCUCCAAGAACUGGUCCAAGAAGGUGGACGUCAUGGUCGAGCAGGUCAAGAAGGUGGAACGUGUUGGAUAUGGUGUUACCGUUCGAGGCAAUGAGCGGCCCAAGGGUUGGAUGCCUGAUAUGAAUGAGGCGGUUGGCGGUCGUGAGGAACAUGAGGAAUCCGCUGACUAG